CUUACGCGUGAACUUUGACCCACCUGUUAGCUGGACCAACAUGGCGUCUUUGACGAUUGCGGAAGUGAACAAACUCGACUCGGAAGAGUUUAUAGAGAUAUUUGGGAAUGUGGUAGAAAACUGCAAACUCGCUGCCGCCGCCGUGUGGUCCCACAAACCGUUCCAAGACGUCGAUCACCUGAAUCAGACGAUAGCGGACUUUCUAGACGCCCUACCCCAGAAAGGUAAAGAAGGCGUUCUCCGCUGCCACCCUGACCUAGCGGGACGACUGGCGCAGGCCGGACAGCUCACGGCGGAGUCUACUCAGGAGCAGCGGUCUGCCGGGCUGGACCAGCUCACUCAGGACGAGCUCAGCACACUCACGGACUUAAACCAGCAGUACAAGGUCAAGUUCGGCUUCCCGUUCGUCAUCUGUGCCCGGCUGAACAAGAAGGCCGCCAUCUUGAACGGAUUGACGGAGCGGUUGAAGCACUCUGCGGAGGAGGAGACGCUCGCUGGGGUGGAGGAGGUGAAGAAGAUCUGUCAGCUGAGGAUAGUGGAUAUCGUGACGUCAGAGGCCAAGUUAUAGUUCUCUACAAGACAAUAAAAUUUACUAGAUACAACACUGAUGUAAACCACCUUCACAAGGUCGACGACCUUGUGCGAUCGCCCUGCCAUCGAAGGAUUUACUGAAAAGGACUUUUUGUUCACUUUUCAUGUUGACUCUUAAAUUUAAGCCACACUUUUACAUUUUAGAUAAAAUGCCAAUUCUGAAGUCAAGGGUUUUAACCAGGGAGCUUGUUGAUGGUUUGGAUCAAAUCCAGUUUGGAUCGCAACGCGGUCGUCGCCCCAGUGGAUAGUGGAUGUUAGUUGUAUUUUGAUUGGUUCUGAUCGUGCUAUUGUAAAUUAUUAUGUACAGAUCAAGGUUGUGUACAGAUUCACGAAAAUUUUGAAAA